GGUGAUGCAGAGAUGGAAGCUUACAUCCGGCGUUCUCAUGCGAAGAAGGCGGCUGCUGGAGUCUCUCAGAAAGAGCUGGAGGACAUGCUGCGCUUCCCUGAGCCAGUGCCACCGAGCAAGGCAUAUUCGCCUCGUCAAGCUGAAGCACUCUACAGCAACCUGCUCAGCAACUACGAGCUACAGGAGAUGUUUGAGCACAAGGAGAUCUACUUCGUCGGAGAUGCACAGACGAAGAUCAGGGCGCAUCGUGAUCGGCCUACAGACAAUUACGGCUACGAUGAUGAGCGCGGUGACUAUCAAGUCGUUGAAGGAGAUCAUCUCGCCUAUAGGUACGAGAUCAUGGGUACGUUGGGUCGAGGUUCUUUCGGACAGGUUCUGCAGUGCAAGGAUCACAAGACGGGUCGUAGCGUGGCUGUGAAGCUCAUUCGAAACAAGAAGCGCUUCCACCACCAAGCCCUGGUUGAAAUCAAGAUCUUGCAGAACCUCGUGGAUUGGGAUCCUGAGGAAAAGUACAACGUCAUCAAGAUGACAGACCACUUCUACUUCAGAAACCAUCUCUGCAUCUCGAUGGAGCUGCUCAGCAUCAACCUGUAUGAGCUGAUCAAGGCGAACAGUUUUGCGGGCUUCUCGACUGGUCUCAUCAAACGCUUCACCAGCCAGGUCCUCGCUGCGCUCUCCCUCAUGAAACAGCACAAGGUGGUGCAUUGUGAUCUGAAGCCAGAGAACAUCCUCCUCAUGCAUCCACGCAAGAGUGGUAUCAAGGUCAUCGACUUCGGGUCGAGCUGCUUUGAGUACGAGAAAGUCUACACCUACAUUCAGUCUCGCUUCUACCGGUCACCAGAAGUCAUCCUCGGCAUGAACUACCACGCCGCCAUCGACAUCUGGAGUCUAGGCUGCAUCAUGGCAGAGCUUUACACUGGCUUCCCUCUCUUCCCUGGUGAGAAUGAGCAGGAACAGCUGGCCUGUAUCAUGGAGGUGCUGGGUGUGCCGGAUCGCUAUCUCGUAGAGAGGUCUACCAGGAAGAAGCUCUUCUUCGACUCGACUGGUGCUCCCCGUCCUGUGGUCAACUCCAAGGGCAAGAGGCGGAGACCUGGGACCAAAUCGCUCAGUCAGGCUCUGAAGUGUAACGAGGACCUCUUCAUUGAUUUCCUGGCCAAGUGUCUCAUCUGGGAUCCCGAGCGAAGGAUCAAGCCGGACACGGCCAUGCGUCAUCCCUGGAUUCGAUCUGCCGCAGGUCAAAAGGUG